AUGGAAUUGACAAUUUCAAACAUUGUUGCACUAUAUACCUCAAAUCUUCUAUGGAGCCUUUUUCUAACCUCAACUGCUCUACAUGCUAUCGCUCUCAUUACAAGUCCUAUGCAAGCAGUGCUGAAGUGGUAUCGGCGUCAAAGUAGCGACAGUGACACUUGCUUGCCAUAUCUGUGUGCCGUUAUUGGGUCUGGACUAUGGUUGCGAUACUCCAUUUUCAUCCAGGAUACGAAGCUCAUUCUUCUACAGUCUUACGCUGUUGUAAUGCAGAGCUUCUUUUUGAUCGCACUGAUAUUCUAUCGCUCAAAAAAGCGACGUCUCAUCCGACUUGUUAUUCUCAUAGCGACCGUGAUUUUCCUUAUAUUUUACUAUAUUCAAGGCAUGAAUGAAGACGAUGGAAAACAGGUAACUGGAAGUAUUGCAUCUGCAGCACAAAUCGCUGGAUCUCUCGUGUGCCCUUACCUCAUCUACAAAGCGGUGACGUCGAGAUGCAUCGAUUUUGUUCCGCUCGCUCCGGUAGCCUUCACCUGGAUAAUGGUUACAUGCUAUCAUCUACAGUAUCGGACUAGAUGA